CAACUCUUGAUGGGAAGUGAAAGACGUUUAUGAGAAGUACACCGCCAUUAGAAAAGAUAUCUCGCAGAAAAUGAACUGACAUAUUUUUAACACAACGGGUUUGAUCAUUUUCGCUGCUAUUUCAUUGCAAAAUAGGGUUUUAAUAACACCUGUUGUUAUAAAGAGCAUGACAACCACAAAGUUGCAGUAUUUCUCCUUGGCCUCCUGGUGAAAGAUGGAACUGUCCAGUUGUCCGGCUCCGUUGCUGAUUGGUGAUGACAGCCUGCAGAAAUGGUGUGUGAUUGGCUCAGGAGGGUUUGGACAGAUCCACAAGGCCAGACAUGUAGAGUGGGGGUUGGACGUGGCCAUCAAGUUGUUGCAUUAUGAUGACGGCUCCAGCUCAUCUCUGCUCAGAGAGGCAGACCUCAUGCGCCAGGGGGGGAGCUCAUAUGUCCUCAGGAUCCUAGGGGUGUACCAGGGACGGCCCCCAAGCUCCGGCCCCUCCACCCACCUGGGGCUGGUCAUGGAGUUUAUGGAGAGGGGGUCCCUGGCGACCCUACAGGAACGUCUCUCCGGCCCCCCACCCUGGCCCCUGUCCUUCCGCCUGGCCCACCAGGUGGCUCUGGGCAUGAACUUUCUCCACCACCUCGAUCCGCCCCUGCUGCACCUGGAUCUCAAGCCCAGUAACGUGCUGCUGGAUGACAGCCUCCAUGCCAAGCUGACAGAUUUCGGCCUAGCCAGGGUUUACCACAGCAUUUCCAAAGCGAACAGGAAGGACACGGGAGAGGAUGGCGGUACAUUAAGUUACAUGCCACCAGAGGCUUUUGACAUGACAUACAAGCCCACCCACGCCUCGGAUAUAUACAGCUAUGGCAUACUACUGUGGUCCAUUAUCACGGGAAAAGAGCCAUAUCCUAACGCCCGGUCCAGUUUGGUGCGGUUCCGGAUCCCCCAGGGGGAUAGACCCUCUCUGGAUGCUUUGGACAGGGACCAGGUCGAAGGGCUGGGGGAACUGGUGGACCUCAUGGAGAGAUGCUGGGAUACAAAGCCCACCCUGAGACCCACAUUCCUGGACUGCCUUGCUGUGACAGAGAAGAUGUACGAGAAACACAAACAAGGGAUAAAUGAUGCCGUCCAUCAAGUGCAGAAAAAACUGGAUUCAGAGAGUGAGCAGAGUAUUACAUCCUCUGUUGCUGCCCUUCAUAUCUCACAGCCAUCAGGAAUUCAAAAACACAAAGUGAAAAUCUCUGAUCGUGUGAAGAGUGAACCUCCCCCAACACAGGAAACGGCUGGGAGAUUGACCUCAAAACAGAAAUAUAAAGAGUAUCCAUCCCUUCAGCAGACAACCCAGCCAAUGAGAUGGCCAGAUGCAGAUCAGGUUACUUCUUCAACCAAUCACAAACCAAAGAUGUUCCCCCCUGUAUUCAAUCAUGACUGCAAAACAACAGCUUCCCGCUCUGCAUCUAAUCAAAGUUCAGCGGUCAAUUUUCAGCGCCUGUGUUCCACUCCAGUUACCACAUCCAGUUAUCCCACAGGGGGAUUCUCCAUCAACAUGAGCAAUGUGGAAGGACUGCAGUUUGGUGACAAUAACAACAUGUUCAUCAGGUCGCCACAUCUCAGUAAACGCCACAGAAACCCCACAGCCCCAUCUAGAGUUAACUGCACACCAGUGAAGCCAAGGAACCCUAAAGCUCCAGAACCAUGGUGAAGUCGCCAACACUCCCAGCCCUAUGCCCGUGUACGAAUCCCUGCCAGAGACCAAGGUUCACUCUUUGUCUCUCAUCUUAACCUGUCAGCCCCUCUGUUUAUAGUCUGUCUGUAAUAAAAACACAAAAUAUUGAGAUUCACUCUCCUUAAAAAAAAAAGAAACCAUAAAUGAUAAUUAUCUUUUUUUAUUACUUUUUUGUAACAUUUUGAAUGAUGAAAUCCUGUGCAGCUGGAAAGCAUGGAUUGAUCCAUCUUUGUCCUUUUUAUUCUCUUAAAUUUCCCCACGAGGGACUGGUCUGCACUGACAUCCUAAAGAGACUAUCUUUAAUAUCUUUGCAUUAAAAAAAGUUCUCAAUUUGUUGAGCUUCAGGAAAGUCAAUAAAAAGCUCAGAUUUACAGAAUGACCAGCAGUGUUUUCAUCUGUCUUACCACUAGAACAAGUCUAUUUUUCCCUUUUAUAAUCUUUAUUGUGUUUUUGUAACCCUUAUCCAGAGACAAUAGAAUAUAUGAAUAGAUUGGCAUUCCAAUUACAUUGAUAUGAAGUAUGUAUGGUUCAUACAGUUGAAGUCAGAAGUUUACAUACAUUUUGGUUGUAGUCAUUAAAACUUGUUUUUCAA